UUACGCGGGCGCCGGCAACACUUGCCAAACUUGAGGAUUGUUGUCAACAUGUCAGUGGACGGAGAAUCUCGACACCGCGACGAGCUUUCAGACUGAAAAGUGACUCUUAAUUGCCCGGAAUCAUAAAUCUGCUCCCAAACCUUCAAUAUGGUGCAUCCUCCUGCCUGGACGUCCGAAUUCUCGACCUUGUUGUCGUUGUUGUUGCUUACCCUGCUGGUUUCGGUGAUUCACACAGAAGGUCAACAGAUUGAUGACGAAUUGUCGCAAAACCACGUGCCGAAGCCGCGAUUUGUUGGAUCUGUACGGAACAAAACGGCGCCUUUAGGCAGGGAAGCGAUUUUGGAGUGUUCCGUCGAGAAUCUCGGCAAUUAUAAGGUUACUUGGAUCAAAAUGGAUACCGAGACCCUGUUGACCUUUCACACGACUAUCAUCGCCGGUGAGAACCGUCUUCGAGUUUCGCAUAAUAACGAGAAGCAAUGGUUCCUCCACAUACGAGACGUUCAAACUUCCGACAAGGGUGCUUACAUGUGUCAGAUAAAUUCUCAGCCGAUGAUCAAUCAAGUCGGAUACCUAGACGUUCUCAUUCCCCCGUCAAUCAUUUCGGAAGAGACCCCCAGUGAAGUCCAGGUCAAGGAGGGUCUGAAUGCCACCCUGAAGUGCAAAGCGUCCGGAUACCCAACGCCUUCGAUAUCGUGGAAACGGGAGAACGGAAAAGAGAUACCCCUCCCAAGAGAGCGCUCCAACCUGAAUGACCUGGCCAUGGGCGGGAACAGCUCGAAGAGAAAAUUUUCAGCGCAUCAAGUGAGCGGGGAAGAACUACAGCUCGUCGCGGUCAGACGAGAGGACAGUGGGGCCUACCUCUGCAUUGCGAAGAACGGUGUCACUCCGACCGUGAGCCAAAGAGUGAAGCUCGUCGCUAACUUCGCACCGCGGGUCUCUGUCAAUCGAACCGAGCUAGGAGUAAUGCGGGGCGACCCCGCACGACUCGAAUGCUUUGUCGAAGGCUCACCUCGACCAGAGAUCGAGUGGAUUGGAGCGUCAGGACUCAAGCUGAAUCUCACCCACAGCUACGGCAAAUACAUCAGCACAUUCUCGAGUCAUUGGUACAAUCACCGUUACGAGCUGUUUGUCAAUAACUUCACGCACGAGGACUACGGGCAGUACCUAUGUCGAGCCGAGAACCGUUUCGGCAGCCGCGAAGCCACGAUUCGGGUUUACGAAAAACCGCGUCCCACCGUGAGACCGAGACCAACACGGCCGCCAACCACCACGGCCGCCCCGACCCGGCGAACCACGUGGCGCUGGUUCACUACGAUGGAGACGUUCGCCAUUCCGGAGGGAAUCGAGACCGCGAAUGAAGUCCCCUCGGAGAGAGACACGGGUCGUCGGAAAGGCACAAGAACGCCACCCUUCUAUGCUAGAAGUAACGCCGAUCUUCGACUCGCGACCUGCAGCUAUCUUUCGAUUGUUCCAACCCUGUGUAUACUUUUACUUUCACACUAAGAUCGGUAGACUGCGCAGAAAUUAACGUUGCAAGCAAUAGAUCUUCUGAAGCAUCCUCAGUUCGAUGACGUAAGAGGAAAUUCCUCAAUAUUCAGCAAAUCACGUGCUCGAAUCCUGAGGCAAUACUCGAAAUUCGAUGAUUCGCCAUCGAACUAACAUCGCGUAAUGAAUCCCAAUUAUUCAAAACGCGGCAUCGGACGCCUCACUGAACAGACUGGGAGACGU